CGAUUCACUAUAUCAUCCUUGAAAAUUUCACUAUAUAGGAAGGGACGGUUGAUUUGAUUCACGGUACAUCUCAAUGUCUGUAAUUUCCUUGAGUUGUUUCUAAGGUUUUACAGAAAAUCAGCUGAUACAACGAGAGAUGAUGGAUGCCAGAAGACCUCAUUUUAUCAAGGGUUUUAACCCUAACAUAAGCUUCGAUAAACUGAAAAUACCUUCAAAAUUUGGGAAACAUUUGGAAGGGAAAACAUCUGGAACAGUUUCAUUGAUGGGUCCCAGUGGGAACACAUGGCAUGCUGACUUGGCACAGCAAAGUGAUGUUUUCAGAUAUGAUGGUAAUUUGCAUUUCACAGUUCAAAUCUUUGAUCAAAGUUCUUGUGAGAAAGAGACUGCAUUUUCAGCCGAAUGCCAUCAAGAUUUAAGCAUCUUUGAUCAACAUUUUGGAAAAAAAAGGGAAAGGGAAUAUGCAUCUUUGUUGUCAAAUAUGGUUGAUGGAGUCCCAAAGAAACCAAGAAGCUCUCAAUCACACAAUGAACCCACAAACAUAUCUGAACAAGAAACCAUGGAUGGAGUUGCAGACUUUUUGAAUGGUUCAGAGUUUUGUGGAAGUGGUUUAAAGAAUUCCAUCACUCCUGCUUUACCUGUAUCAGCUGUACGUCCUAACGAAGAAGAGUUAGGAAGAAUAUCAGCUUCAGAAGCAGAAAAGAUAGCUCAAACUUUCAAUUCAAGCUUCCCUCAUUUUUCCCAAGUUAUGAAAAGAUUCAACAUAAGUGGUUCAUAUACUUUGAAUGUUCCAUAUCAGUUUGCUAUGGCUUACCUUCCAAACUGCAAAGUAAAGAUUGUUCUUCAAAACUUAAAAGGAGAAUCUUGGACUGUUAAUUCAAUCCCAACCACAAAAGUUCAAACUGCACAUACAUUCUGUGGUGGGUGGUUGGGUUUUGUUCGUGGGAACAACAUAAAUGUGAGAGAUGUGUGCAUAUUUGAACUUGUGGGAAACUGUGAAAUGCGUGUGAAUAUUCUUAGAGUUAGACAAGAAGCAAUAGAGUAUGAACAACAAGAACAACAACAUGGUAGUAGUGAUGUUAAGGGAUUGACUCAUAAAACUGCCGGAAAGUUGGCAAAGAAAGCUAAAGGAAAAUCACGCAAAACACAGAAGCUUUCCAUGAUGGAAGGUCAGAAGGUUGCUUUCUCCAUUGAAAAGGUCAAACUUGGUAUUGCUGCUAAAGGCUCUGUGGUUGGGUCCCAAUCCAAAACUACAACAAAUGGAAAACCAGGGAAAGAGAGAGUGUUAAAGGAAAAAAGGGGUUCUUCAAUGACAGGGUGUAUGUCAAUGAAGUCAGCACCUGAGGAAAAAAUGGCUGCUGAAUCUUUUGUUUCUAGUUUUCCUUAUUUUGUUAGAGUCAUGAAGAAGUUCAAUGUCAGUGGAUCAUACACUCUGAAAGUUCCAUAUCAGUUUUCAAUGGAACACCUACCUAGCUGCAGAACAGAGAUAAUUCUUCAGAAUUUGAAAGGGGAAUGCUGGACAGUGAAUUCAAUUCCAACUCUGAAAGUGGAGACAAUGCAUACACUGCAUACAUUUUGUGGAGGAUGGAUGGGAUUUUCUUGGAAAUCAGUAUCCUUCAUCUGGAACUGGAACUGGAGCUGGACCUUCAAAUCUGUUAGCCACUUAGUUCAUAAUCAGGUCGGAGUUUUUUUUUUUUUUUUUUUUAAUGGAGAUGUUGCUGAUCUAUCUGAGGUGAUUGAUGUCCGUAUAUAAUAUGAAAGUUAAAUUAGGAAAGACUUAUCUCAUGAUAUAUGGGCAUCAUAUCAUAUACGUUUUGUGUCUUUUUGUAUGAUGUUUGGUAACAAAGAACAUUAUGGUUAUAUUAGUCAUGAAAUUGCUUCAUGUAACCUGG